ACAGCCUUCCCACCAUAAACGUCAAAGUCCCGCCUCAUCGCAACGAACAGUCCUUCCCACCCAUCGACGCAGCAGUUCCGCCGAAGGCCCUUAUUCAGUUCCGACUCGACCAACACUUCUUCUCUCAUUUGUCCAGCCUUACACGCGACGACAUGUCUAGACGUUACGAUUCCCGGACGACCAUCUUCUCGCCUGAAGGCCGUCUGUACCAAGUCGAGUACGCUCUGGAGGCCAUCUCUCACGCCGGAACUGCGAUCGGCAUCCUUGCACAAGAUGGUAUUGUCCUUGCUGCCGAGCGAAAGGUGACGUCGAAGCUGCUGGAGCAAGACACGUCGGCUGAGAAGCUGUACACGGUGAACGACAACAUGAUCUGCGCCGUGGCAGGCAUGACGGCUGACGCCAAUAUCCUGAUCAACUACGCACGCCAGGCUGCCCAACGCUACCUCCUCACAUACAACGAAGAUAUCCCGUGUGAACAGCUCGUCCGAAGGCUGUGCGAUCUUAAGCAAGGCUACACACAACAUGGUGGUCUCCGACCGUUCGGCGUCUCCUUCAUCUACGCCGGCUGGGAUCCCAAGCGACAGUUCCAGCUGUACCAGAGCAACCCUUCAGGCAACUACGGCGGAUGGAAGGCGACCGCUGUUGGUGCCAACCGUGCGAGUGCUGAGAGCUUGCUGAAGCAAGACUACAAGGAGGAUUGUAAGCUCACGGAUGCGUGUGGCCUGGCCGUCAAGGUUCUUAGCAAGACCAUGGAUUCUACCAAGCUGAGCGCCGAGAAACUCGAGUUUGCCACGGUUGGUCAGACGAGCGACGGAAAGAUCUACCACCGUCUCUGGAGUGCCGAGGAGAUCAAGCAGCUUCUGAAGGAGCAUGACCUGGCGAAGGACGAGAGCGCGGAGGACAAAUGAAGAAGCGAUAGAGGCUAUGAAAGCAUGAUCCGAACGGGGACGGGCUUAUAUGACGCUCCCAGGACGAAGUGUACCACCAAUACUAUACAAAUGAUGCCC